AUGCAGCCAACCCCUCUGGAAGUGCUGGUCCAAGUCGCCCAGGAAGAACCGGAAUUGAUCUUCUUAAAGUCUGGAAAUACCUCUAUAUCGUACUCUGAAGCUUGGCACUCUAUCCGCCGCAUUGCAUACACAAUCAGCACUGCUAGUGCUCAUGAUGCUGGUAACAACAAUGUCGCUACAAGACGACAAAAUGCCAUGAAAGUAUACGGGCUGCAUGUAACAGCUGAGAUCGACUUUGUGUUGGGUGUAUAUGCUAUUUGGCUGGUCGGAGGUACAGCUUGUGUCUUUAACAAGGACUGGACUGCCGAGACUCGAGCAGCGCUCGCUGAACGUUUAAAUAUCCAUGUGAUGCUAUAUUCGCAGCUGGGACAUCCGGUGGAUAUGUCUGGAGUCCGUUCCAUUGAUAUUUCUCAAGUCUCUAACGAGAUGUAUUCCGAGUCUAUUAAAGACAUUCCCCUGUAUGCCUGGAUCACUCAUACCUCUGGAACCACAGGAGUUCCAAAAUCAACUCUAAUCACAAUGGAAACAAUCGCAAAAGGAGCGCCAUUGUCCAUACCAGCAUUUGCACUCAAGCAAUACGCACUGCGAGACCUUGCUUCCGCACCCACAUUCUUGUAUGCUACAUCUACCGUAUCCAACGCCCCUUACGUACGAUCAACGCUCUUACUACCACCACCCGACUCCGCCAUGGAAGUCACCCCCGCCGAAGGAUAUAUAAAAUCACUAGACGCUGGUGUUCGCAACGUACACAUCACGCCAAGCAUCCUGACAUUGGUACGAGACUCGAUAAACGGCGCUCGCGUCUGGGAAGAAGUAGACAUCGUCACUCUCGCUGGUGAAAUGGUGACUCCGGUAUCUCUCAUGACAGCCAAGAGCCUGUUUCCUAAAGCUGUAAUACGUGCUAAAUGGUCGCAGACUGAACUCAUGUGGGUUUCCUUUGUUACGGAAUUCUCGCCAUUGGAUACUAUCACUGCCGAUACGGUUAUUGAGUAUACACCUGUAAAGGGCCAAGUAGAGGAUAUCGUAUUGCUAGAUGAGGAUGGUAAUGAGAUGCCAAAGGUACAUGGUACCAGAGCUAUCUUGGCGGUCGUAUCACCUGGUUUGAUGGCUAGUGGAUACUAUGGCGUUAAUUCGUCAGACUCCUUUAGGAAAGCUAGGGACGGUAGAGACAUGCUAGUUCUUCACGACUGGGUAGAAUACAGAAAUGGUGGGAAAUUGAUUCCAAAGGGUCGUAGUAACCGUCGUAUCAAGCUCAACGGAUUGUAUGUCGACUUGGAGUACUUGGAUGAACUCUUAAAGGCUGAACUAAGUCACUUGGUAUCGGACGUUGCAGUUAUGAAGUCAUCGACUUCGAAUAUGCUCGUGCUUUUGUAUACAGAGACUCGCAGUAGACGUGAUUCGAUGAGCACGUCAUCAGAUGUAACGACUCUAGGAGCUACACCUUUAUUAGACGCCGAACACUUGGAUCCCGUAUUGAUACAUGCUCGACAAGUGAUCCAGCAUGCAGGAGUCAAUAACGCAUAUCUCAACGCUAGUAAACAGUUGGACACCUUCCCAAUGACCGUAUCCUAUAAACGCCAUCUCGCCAAGCUCCAGCUAAUUGCUGAUAAACUCAUCGCCGAUUCAAUGCAAGUCGGCACCGCAUUAGACGAGAACGAUACAAUAGCACAGGAUAUAUCUAAAUUCUGUGCCUCUUUAUCUGGCUCUCCCCAUUUGAGCGGCAAAGACUUUGACCUGCUCGAAGCCGGAUUCAACUCUAUGAGUGUCAUGAGACUCAUCUUCCACUUGCGCAACAAGCACCAAUACCGCAUUGAUGCUGUGCUGCUGCUUCAGCCGGGAACAAAGCCGAGUACUAUUGCAAAAGCUAUUAGUACUUCGAAUGCACUGGAUGAAUCAAGUGAAUUCUCUACGGGAUCGGUAUACGAAGUACCAAAGACGGCGUUACGAUGUGUUGGUUCGUAUCUGGAGGAGGAAUUCCCGGUUCCGUUUGCUGGGAUUGUGUUGAAUCAUUAUAGACGUCGAAUAACGUAUGAGUUUAACAUUCAGUUCAUCUAUCGAUUCCAACCAAAUAAGAGCAAGCCCAUUGAUAUUGACCGACUGGAUAGAGCUUGUGAACUACUUUGCCAAAGGCACCCAGCUCUCCGAAGCCGUGUAAUCUACAAAGGACUCGGCCUCCCCCAAAUAAUCGCCCGAACAUUCGGCACCAUGUCCAACCGAGCCAUAAUCCAAGAAAAGGGCCAUAAAAUCAUCGUUGUGCCUGAAAAGCUCAUGUUUGAUCACACAAAGCUGCAACAAGUCUUGAAACACGACUUGUCACGACUCAACACCAUGUUGGUGGUAGUCGUAUGUCCGACACUCAGCUUUGCGUAUCUGGGAAUGAAUCAUAUGGUGUUUGAGUUGGAGAGUCAUCGAUUGUAUAAGGAUCAUUUGGGAAUGUUUUAUGAGGAUUUGGAUCGAAAGGAUAUCCCAACACACCGCAUAUUAACCCACCGACUGAUGAACGAGGAAGCCAUGCGCCGUCUGCCACUCCUCCCACAAGACGUCCGCAUAUUCCGUCUGUCCGGCCUCGUCCCUCCUCAAGUUACCGUAAACUACUUUACCCUCGACGCCCGCGUCGCCCAUCCCGAACGCCAUUUUGGAGCCUUCGUCGCAGCCCUCCUCUACGUCCUCCGCCCAGGCUCCUCCUCCCCACACUCAGAAGACGUCGGCUUCUGCUCUGUAAUCGGAAUUGUCAAACCAGGCUACACGGGCAACGGCCUCGCCGAAACAUACGAUGUAAUGAACCUCCCACUCCACGACAUGUCCCUCGACGAAGCAAUGACGUCCUUCCUGGACCGCAAAACUUACUUUGUUGUCGACCGCAAUAUUAACAAGUUCAGGUCGCAUGUGUUUGUUAAUGUCCGGACACAUGAUGGGGGAUCGCAUCCGAGGGAUCAGCAUAUUAGAGAUGUGUCGAUGAGCACGUUUCCGUCUUCGCAGGGGGCUGUUUGGUGUCAUUUUGAUAUUUUCCCGAGUGAGGGACGGAUUUCGGCUACGAUUAUGAAGUCCAGGUGGAUUGUGAAGCAUGUGAGGAAUACGAUGGUGGCGAGAUAUUUGGAUGUGCUUGAAUCGUGGGGCAUCCGUGGUGAAGCUGUAGUCGCUGAAGGGCUUCCAGUAUCGUAA